AUGGUAUUUUCCACUUUAGAGCAUAUAUUAACUCAUAUAUCCUUUUCAGUCGUAUCUAUUUUAAUUUCAAUUCAUUGGAUAACCUUAUUAUUAGGCAAUGAAAUCAUAGGAUUAUACAAUUUGUUGAAAAAAGGCAUGAUAAUAACCUUUUUUUGUAUCACAGGAUUGUUAGUUACUCGUUGGAUUUUUUCAGGCCAUUUACCUUUUAGUAAUUUAUAUGAAUCAUUAAUAUUUCUUUCAUGGACUUUUUCUAUCUUUUAUAUGGUUCUUUGCUUCAAAAAAAAAAAAAAUUACUAUUUCAAUACCAUAAUAACACCAAGUAUUCUUUUUACCCAAGGCUUUGCUACUUCGGGUCUUUUAACCGAAAUGCAUGAAUCCUUCAAAUUAGUGCCUGCUUUACAGUCCCAUUGGUUAAUGAUGCACGUAAGUAUGAUGAUAUUGGGUUAUACAACUCUUUUAUGUGGAUCAUUAAUAUCAGUGGCUAUUUUAGUCAUUACAUUUCAAGAACUCAUACAAAUUUUUGGUAAAAGCAAGACUUUCUUUUUUUUUUAUGAAUCCUUUUCUUUUGCCGAAAUCAAAUAUAUGAAUAUGAAUGAUAAAAAGAAUAUUUUACAACAAACUCCUUUUCCGUUUUAUUCGUCUUAUAGAAAUUAUUAUAGAUAUCAAUUUAUUCAACAAUUGGAUCGUUGGGGUUACCGUACUAUUAGUCUAGGUUUUAUCUUUUUAACAAUAGGUAAUAUAUCUGGAGCAGUAUGGGCUAAUGAGGCAUGGGGAUCAUAUUGGAAUUGGGAUCCAAAGGAAACUUGGGCUUUUAUUACUUGGACUAUUUUCGCAAUUUAUUUACAUACUAGAAAAAAUAAAAAAUUGGAAUAUAGAAAUUCUUCAAUAGUGGCCUCCAUGGGUUUUCUUAUAAUUUGGAUAUGUUAUUUAGGGAUAAAUCUUUUAGGACUAGGACUACAUAGUUAUGGUUCAUUUACACCUAAUUAA